AUGUCCUUCUUGGACCACACCACUGCUGAUCCAGGCUGGGAUUUAAAGAAUUUCUAUCUAAUGAUUGAUGGCUUCCAGAGGAGCUGGAGUGUGAAGACUGAUGAUACCCCCGUGCCCCUGGAAGAUGACACAGACGAGGAAGGCAAGGAAGACAAACCAGAGAAGCCACACUUUGAUUCUCGUAGUCUUACCUUUGAAUUAGACUCAUGCAAUGGGAAUGCAAAAAUCUGUCUUGUUUAUAAGCACACUAAACCAGUUGUCUCCCCAGACACAGAGAUCUGGCUCCUGGACAGAGCUCUGUAUUGGCAUUUCCUCACCAAAACCUUCAUAGCCUACUACUGCUUGCUCAUUCCACACCUGGGUCUCCCACAGUGGCAGUAUGCCUUCACCAGCUAUGGGGUCAGCCCACAGGCCAAGCAAUGGUUUAACAUGGAUAAACUCACAGCCAUCAACACAGCUCUCCUCUCUGAAGACGCUGAUUGCUUUGUGAACAAACCCGACCCCAAUAAGGUAUUCAAAAGCAAAUACAAAACUCCAGUGAUCAAAAAGAAAUCACCCUCCCAGCUGGCAGGCUUCCAGACCACAAGCACGACCUCCUCCAAGACAUCCUCACUAGCUGGGAAUUCUUCAAGGAAGUGA